AUGUCCUAUCCGCCUCCUCCAGGUCUCAAGCAGACACCCUCGUCGCUUCCUCCUCGCCCUCCUCCCUCAUCCAAUGCCGCACAGCCACCUGCCGUUGGCGGCAGGCCAGGAUACAAUGCUUUCACCGCAUUCCAGCCACGCGCCGUGGCCUCCAGUCAGCCACAUCGCGCCAACAAGCCGGUGAUCUCGGCCGCUCCAGUCCCUGUUGCUAGCUACGCAGCCCCUGCCAUGAAUUACGGCACUCACUAUCAGCAACAACCUCAAAGCUACCAGAGCGCCCAAAGCUACCAGAGCGCCCCCUCAUACUAUGGCCAGCCUCAGUACACUGAAAACACAUACGGCCCAACCACAUACGGCCCGACCGUACCACACAUAACAAAUCCUUUCGGUUCUACCCCGAACCAGUCCGGCCCUGGGUCCAGACAAAAUGGCAACGAUCCCAACUUCGACGCAGAGACUGAAGCUCAAAUCGCGCAGUGGCAGAGCGCUUACGCGAAUCCCACCGAGGACAGCCAGAAACGCCAGGCUGGUUCAGGCAUGAACACCGGGGCUGGAACACCAACCAUUGGCGCCAGCACUCCAACCCCUCAGCCCGAGUCACAGAAAACGGUGGUUCGAUCUGGUGGUGGUCAAACAUGGCACGAUGACACUCUUCUUGAUUGGGACCCAGCGCAUUUCCGUCUGUUCGUGGGCAAUCUUGCAGGCGAAGUGACUGACGAGUCUCUGCUUAAGGCAUUUUCUCGCUACACCUCAGUCCAGAAAGCGCGUGUGAUUCGAGAAAAGCGCACACAGAAGAGCAAAGGCUUUGGGUUCAUCAGCUUCAGUAACGGCGACGACUACUUCAAAGCAGGACGAGAGAUGCAACACAAGUACAUUGGUUCGCACCCAAUUCUACUUCGGCGCGCCAACACUGAGAUCCGCCCAGAAGCGCCCGGCAAGGGAAAGAAACAUGGCGGCGGCAACAAGAGUGGUAAUACUGGUGGCAAAGUCAAGAAAGAUGGCGUCAAGAAGCCUGGAAAGACCAAGGGAGGCUUGAAGAUACUGGGUUAA